UUAAGUUUGUAGACCGACCACUCUGCGAGACGAGAGCCGUUGCUGACCAUUCAGACAAGACAAUGGAGUUGGCUCAAGCGCACGGAGCGAUCGUGCGACUCGCGGUGACUGCCGAUCCGCGCACGCCGACAUCGACCGUCAUCCCAUUCCACAGCGGGUCUGGCGUGCUGCUGACCGACCCGCGGCGUGGUGGCGAGGCUGUGGUGGCGACGUCUGGCGGGCUGCUCUGGCCGGUCGUAACGAGAUCGAGCCAUCGUCGCACCGCCCGUCCCAAUGCACCGGCCGGCAUCGCAAGAAAUGCACACGAUGACGACGACGGGCUCAAUGACAGCGGUAGUCUGACGGUUCCGCGGUGGGACUGGUCCAACAACUCACCGCCCAACCAGCAGUCUGAGCCGACGGAUGUCGUGCAUCUCGUUCCAGAGCUCGUGAUGGAUGUCAAGCUACAUGACAAGGCUCAAGCACAACUACGCCCAGGCGCCACCGGUGGUGGUGGUGGUGGUGGUGGUAGCCAAGCGACAGUCCCGCCUGUGCAGUGGCUGAGAGCAACGGCCAUCGCAAUUGUCACUUGUGGUCGGGUUUCCUCAGAAACUCAGACAACCGCCUCACGUGCCUCCACGGACGCAGAUAUGGCCGAUGCAGUGGAGGCAUUGGGGCGCAUUUGCCUAGAUUCGGUCGCUGGAUCGCGAUUGCUGCGUUCGUUUGCGCGUCCAAAGACUCCGCUCGUGAAAGGCUCGAGCGGGGCGUCUCAGGCGCUCAGUGCGCAAUCGCAGCAAGACGCCCCAGGAAACACGCACGUUUUGAACCACGAUAGCAACUGCCACGAGCUCCAGCAUUUAGCCAUUUCGAUUUUGUUUGUUCGAGUAGCGCGAGAUCCCAGCAUCGUCGCAACAAGCAUGCAGCAGCAGCAGCCUUCUUUGCUUCCACCACUCAGUCGUUGGGUACGUGAAUCAGCUGCAUAUCGGAAUGCUCCAGGCCGGAAAGGCGAGUCCCUUGUGCUGAUUGGUGCGCCGUACGGAUUCCUCAGUCCUGCGGCAUUUUUCAACAAGCUUGCUCCUUCGGCUACCAUUGGCAUGUUAUCGAACGUGGUCAAGCUGCCAGCCUUUGCUGCCACCACCUCAUCAACGCCGACGGACGAGACAGAGCCUGCUACUCCGUCCAACGUUGUCCCUGCUCUCAUUCAAUCGUCGGCUCCGUUGCAUAAAGGCGGGAGCGGCGGCGCCCUGUUUGAUGGUGUCACUGGCAGAAUGCUUGGACUGGCAGCAAGUCUGGGCAAGCUCGACGACGGGCUAACUCUGCCUCGUAUUAACUUUACGAUUCCGUGCGCGUUGCUUGAGCCCAUAUUUGCCGAGGCUGGCUUGUUCCAUCGAACGUAUGGCGCGAGCAGUUCGUCCAUUCCAAUCACAGAAUGGAUGGCCAUCAACGCUCGGCUCACCGACGCCUAUCCGCGCAAUCCUCUGCUCGAGAAAGUGUGGGCCAUGGCCGAUCAUUCAGCCCCGCUGCCCAAUGAACAGCACCUUCGGAGCCACCUGUAA